GCGUGAAGCAGACAGGCUGUACCAGAACUCUUCAGAGAUGCCAUUUUCUUUCUCUCAACCAUGCCCCUCAGGGGCACUUCUGCUGCUGGUGGUGUCAAGCCUCCUUUUAUGGGAGAAUGUGGCCUCUGGGCCUUUGAGUAGCAAUGAGACUAAUGGUGUUCCAAUAUCCAUCAAUGGGCUAAUUCAUAAUGCCAUGAGACUGACUUGGAAUAUCAAGAAACUCAACAUGGAACUGCGCAGGACAUAUACUGUCAAUGAAGUCUCUGAAAACUUAUACGAGACAUAUAUGCUUGACUUUAUUGAAGACAUGGAGUUUCUGGUCAAGGCUCUUACUUGCUGCCACAAUUAUUCCAUCAAAACUCCAGAAACCCUGGAUGAAGCUCAACAGAUUCCUUUUAACGAAUUUCCAAAACUGAUCCUCAGUAGAAUGUGGGCUUGGAAUGAAACUUCUAAAGUUCUACUGAACAUACUCAGAAGUAUUCCAGGAAUGCAUGAUGAUGUCAUUUCAUUAGCCAAAAACAUUGAAACGAAAAUUGCAGAGCUUUUUGAGUACACCCAGAGUAUACUCAACUCGAUUUAUGGAACAACAGAAAAUGUGGAAUACACCGUCUUUUCUGGUCUUGAAGACUUAAAUUCAUCUGAAGAAGAAUUUAGCCUUUUUGCUCUUUGUAAAUUUUCCUAUUGCUUACGUGUAGAUAUACAUAUGGUUGAACUUUAUCUCAAGCUAUUAGAGUGUGUGGUAAAUAUUAGUAGUGAUGUUUGCCUAUCCACCAAUACCAGAAAUGCAUCAUGAUGCUGAAUCUUUUUAAAUAAUCUUAAUUUUGUAAUUGUGAAGGUAUAAUUGAGUAUAAUGGGUAUCUUUUAAAAUAAAAAUAAACUCUCUCUAUAUAAA